GUUAGUGUGUGGAUGUCUGCUGGAGGUGGUGGUAGUGAUGGUCAUGAGUGUGUUAAGAAACUUGAAAAUAUAUUAGUGAACUGAAAUAACGAAAAUAAAAAGAAAGAAAAGAAAAGAAACCUACCACUAGAUAAAACGGAAAACUAAAUAAACACAACACAGAAUGAAAAGGACACACUCGCAAACCUAAAAGAAAAAAAAAAGUAAAAAUACGCGCGUGCACUUAUACACACGCACACACUCACGCACGCUGCACUAAACCCAAAUUAACAAACUCUUUUUACAUAUAUUCAUAUAAGCAAAAUCUGCAAUCGGCACAAAGCUACACGUAUAUUGUAUAACUAUUCCAAAAAGCUCACACGUGAACUAACACAAUGCUGGAUGGGGUUUUUGAAAGUUUCUCCCAUGGGACUCGUGGGACUUUCACCUGGCCUGAUUACCUAGUGUUUGGUGGUAUGCUGCUGUCCUCCCUUGCUAUAGGGAUAUUCUACGCCAUCAAGAGCAGGAAUAAAGCCAAUGACGAGUUUUUAUUAGGCAGCCGUAGUCUAACCUGCUUCCCCGUCUCCAUCUCUCUCCUAGCCUCCUACAUAUCUGCCAUUCUUGUUCUCGGGGGCCCCGCGGAGGCGUACUAUCAUGGGGUGCAGUGGUGGGUGAUCUGUGCGGGCCAAAUCGCCUUGCCUGUUGCAGCCGUGGUCUUUAUGCCCUUCUUCUACAAUCUGGGGCUGACGUCUGUGUAUGAGUACCUGGAGAUGCGGUACGGUACACGGUGGGUGCGGUGUACGGCCAGCGGGAUGUAUGUGGUGCAGAUGAUACUAUACCAAGCUGUGGUGAUCUAUGCGCCAGCUCUUGCCCUCGCCUCCGUCACUGACUUCCCUCUCUGGGUCUCCGUCAUCACCGUUGGCCUCAUCGCUUCCGUCUACACUGCUAUCGGCGGGAUGAAGGCGGUGAUCUGGACAGACGUGCUGCAGCUGUUCAUCCUCAUCGUGGGUCUCUUCGCCGUGGUUAUCAAGGGCCUUAUGGACUUCGGCGGGUUCGAGCCAGUGUGGGAGAUCGGCAGAAAAUACGACAGGGCUGGCUCGCAGAUCUUCACGUACGGCUACAUUCCCUACCAGCGCCACACCGUCCCUAACAUCAUCGUCGGAGCCAUCGUGGGCAAGCUAUCCCAGUAUGCCUGUACCCAGACCACCGUGCAGAGAUACGCUAGCAUGAAGAACCUCAAGCACUCCUACAUGGCCAUUUUUCUCGUCAUCCCUUUCUUCAUCCUGCUUAUCUCUCUCACCAUGGUGGCAGGGCUUGUGUUAUUCGCCACCUAUGAAGGCUGUGAUCCCCUCGCUGCCGGCCUCAUCACCAAGAAAGACCAGAUUCUGCCCUUCUACGUCAUGGACAGACUGAGCGCCUACCCUGGUCUUCCUGGUCUGUUUGUGGCCUGCAUCUUCUCUGGCGCCCUGAGCACCAUUUCCUCAGGCGUCAACUCCCAGGCGGCAGUAACAUGGGAGGACGUGUUCUCCAAGAUUCCUUUCUUCGCCCGCCUCUCCCUCUCCGCCCAGGCAGGAGUCACCAAAUGCAUCGCUCUCGCCUACGGAAUCCUCGCACUUGGCCUGGCGUUCCUAGCGGGGAGUAUGGGCGGCGUCCUGCAAGCGGCUAUAGCGGUGACGUCCUCCGUGGCUGGUCCUCUCCUGGCGGUGUUCAUUAUGGCUCUCUUCAUGCCCUUCACGAAUGCCAAGGGGGCGUGCAUGUGCUUGUUGCUGGGGACCGGCGUGGCUCUGGGCUUCAGCUUCGGGGCCACUGCGGUGGGACUCAAGCCUGAGUUGCUGCCCUCCCCGACUGACGCCUGCCCCUCCAACCUCAACAUCACCGCCCCUGCAACCCCGCCCGUCAGAGUAUCGGAUCUCGAAUAUCCAACGAAGUUCCUCGGAUUGUCGUACACGCAGAUGGGUCCUCUGGGCUUGGUAGUGGGCCUUGUGUUUGGCGUCCUCAUUAGUCUACUUACCGGUAGGUCUCGCGGGCAUCGUGUGGAUCCGAAGCUGAUUCACCCGUGGGUUCGCUGGUCGGUUCCCCGGCCCGAGGAGGUGGCGAUGCGGGUCAAGGAACACUCCUACGACAACAAGAUCUCCACGCAGUUUUAACCGAGAAGCUCACGUUACGUGUUGCUGUAGUGUUCGCCGGCAUUUGACCUUGAGUUGUUGCGUGACUGAACAGCUUCGUUGUGUUGUGAGUUUGAUGGUUUCCAUUGCUACCUACGUUAUGUGAGUAUUUCUUUGUGAUUUUGUGAACGUUUUUUUUUUUUUUUUUUUUUUUUUUUUUUGCGUUCCCUGUCUGUCUCUUCCGUCUGUUUUAUGUCUGUUAUGUCACCCCUGUAUAUUUCUGCCCAUUUUGUUCGUUUGUCUUGUCUGUCUACCUGUUUCAUACAAAUAAAGACAGGCCAAUAGUUUUCUGUAUGUAUGUAUCUCAAUCUGGUUGUCCCAUAUAGUUAUUUACAUACAUAGAGACGGGUCGAUGACGUUGAGAUAACAAACAAUGGAAAUAAGAGUAGUUGAACAAUGCAACAGUUACGUAAAGAAAACGUGUGUAAACGACCGCCCGACAUUCUCAAACAAGGCGAAUAGUACGUACGACAGUUCCCCAGAAAGCAUAAUACGUAGUUUAGUAUGACGAGCCUACCAGUACAAUAUUUUUAUUCCGUCUCGGGGCCAGGGUUAACUAUGCACUAGCUGCUCCAAAGUCAAGCACAGGAACGCAGGUACUGAGACGCGAUUCACGUAAAAACAUACAUCGACCGUUUUCUCAAACACUUAAAUUAGGCGUCCUGUCUCCACCACUCAAACAUUUGUGGUGAAAGCAUACAAGGUUACCAAGGACGUUGUCAUGAUUUUAUUGAUAGUUUGAGGUCCUAGUGGGAGAUAGUCGGGUAUUCAAGAAUGUUUUAGUGAUAGAGGCUCUAGUGGAAGUUAGUGGGUUUUUAAGGGUGUGGGUAUGAUAGUGAUAGUUUAAGGAUUAUACAUUACCAAUAGGAGCAAUAGCAGUGAGAAUCAGACCGAUUUAUCUCUUUAGUCACUGAAAACGGUCAUUAUGAGAGGCCGGAGCAUUUCUAAGUGCGAGUUCCAUCUGAUUUAGCGGGCACAAGCGGGGAGCCAUACUCAACGGGCAAACUGCUUGCUUGUGCUCGCAGGCGCAGCUCGAUCGCCUGGACGCGGCUUUACGUUCAAAUCCAGCUAAAUAAAAAAAAAAAAAUAAAUAAAUAAAAAAAAUUGAACAAUAAUCAUGGGGAACAAGAUUUUAGCCUCUUUUGCCAUUGAAAAUAGUCCUUAUGAAAGACUUGUAUUAAAAUCCAGCCAAAACAGACGAACAAAAGUAAGUGUGGCAUACAAAUUUCUGCCAACUUUAGCAUCUUAGCACGUCGGAGUUGGUGGUUCAGAGGCGCUUCACGAACAAGUAGGCUUGUUCGAGUCGGCAUCAGAUCAGCACAAUCAGUACCUGAGGCAACGGUCACCUUUAUCGUUGUUAUUCUUGGCCCGUAUAUUUUGUAACGCCUUGUUCUUGCUUAGGGACUGUUUUUAAUUUAAAGAGUAAUCGGGUUCCCAAAUUUGUAUUUUCUCUUUUCUCUUCUCUCAUUGGUGGUGAAGUAUUUGUUCCUAGUUAAGCUUUUUUUAUGUAUGAAGUCCUCUGGUUUAGGGCAACAAAAAGCAUGAAAGGGCCCACUGAAGGUGCCAUCCAUCUAUAAUUUGAAGCGUCAUGAAACUGUCUUUAUAAUUAUGAAAACGCCAUCAAUUCCACUAAUCCUGUUAUACGUAACGGGAUAAGACGCUGAUACCUUUGAGAAUGUCGAAAUGCCGCCUCUUUAGUGUCAUGAAUAGCGAUUUCAGAUAAUUCUCUUAAGGGCACGGAGCAGGCAAGAAUACUGUAUCACUGUGUGACAAAUAACAUCGCAACGCAUUAGUCUUUGGCAUGGAGCUGGUAAUAAGAUCCCUGUGUGAUAAUAACUACACAAUGCAUCAGUCUUUUUGCAGGCAGCGCACGUAUAUCCCCGUCAGCUGCCCGUUCUUGGCCAGACCAUUUCUUUUAGGUAUCAGUACACAGACGGCAUUUGUUUGUACGACGUAGAGAGGUAUUCUGAUCUAUUUACUUGGGCUAGUUUACCUUGUGGUGCGGCAAUAUUAAAAAAAAAGUCAAGGUUAAAGUAUCUAUAACAAAUACUUCUAUGGCGUCUUAGGAGGAGGAUAGGAGUAGUCUAUCAAUCGUGUUUUUUUUUUUUUAUUCUUUAAUACGAGGGCACUAUUUUUAUAAGAGGGGCACCGGCCAAAGGAAACAAAAUUAGAAGAAAAUGCCCAUUUAGGCGCUACUCCCUAGCAGAGAAGAUUGUCAAAAAUUGGAGGAUAAGCGUCUUUGAAGUCUCCCGCCUGAAAAAAAAAGUCCAAGUCAUAGGAAGGAGGAAAUACAGAAGCAGGCAGGGAGUUCCAGAGUUUACCAGGAAAAGGGAUGACUUAAAAUACUGGUUAACGCUUGUAGACAGAACAGGGAUGAGAGAAAGUUGAAAUUCGUGUGCAGCAAGACCACUGGACGAGGGAAGGCGUGCAGUGCCUCGUUGUAAUAUUAAGUUGUCAGGCCGCAAUGGUUUCGGUAAAUGUGUGAAGGUCAAGGCUGCCGUGUGUGUGUGUGUGUGUGUGUGUGUGUGUGUGUUCUUAAAGGGUUGCGUGAAAGUGAAAGUGCGUACCUCCUUCACACACGCGCGCACACACACUUUAUCUCCGUCCAUCCGUGUCUCUUUUUACAAAUCAAGAUUCUCAACGCUGGAUUUGUUUUGUUUUUGUCAUUUCUGUGUUUAGAUCAUAACUCGAAUAUUCACCCAGUGUGUACACAACCAUAUAAUAUUUGUUGUGAUUAUCAAUAUAUAGUGUACCCAAAUGUAUGUAUAUCUUGUUACUAAUAUUAUAAUUGUGGAAAGAAAUAUAUAUUCUUGUAGAGAAUUGCAGGCAUUUUUAUAGUACGCAUUAUCUAUAUGUAAUUGCUGACUUCAGAAUUAUUUUUCGUCUCCAGAGUUGUUCUAUUCUCGUAACAUUUCGUGAUCAAAUACAUGAUUACAACAAACUCA